AUGAAGCAGCAAACGCCGGCGGGAGCCACUCGCAGAGGAGCCUCCCCGCACGGUAGGAAUAGAAAUUAUGAGAAAUCGCUAAGUGCAGCCAACGGACCCGAGGAAGACCUACCCCAAUUGCAGGAGAAACUGCACGAAGCGGCUGAGUAUGUCUUCCAGCAACGGUUUUAUAUUCAUAGACUGGAUAGUACUAUUAGUUUGUCAGAGGACGCCGAACACGCGUUGCCGAAAAGUGAGACAUGUGAGACCACACGCACCGCAAUUCAGCAGCUUUUUGAUCUUGAAGAUACGUUGUCGAGACGGGCGGACCAUUACAUCCGUGUAGCGAAUGUCACGGCUUUGCGCUUCCUCAACGAGAAGCGCUACACCCAUGCACUGCAAAUGCUUCUCAACGUGGAGUCAAUGACACGAAAAGGCGCAGGAAAGGACUUUCCAUUCUUUUCUGGUAACGAUUCGUUGUCUUCUCCCUUAUCCAACGAUAGCGAGGCCUCACCGGGGUCCCCUUUAGGUACUCAAGCGGGUGGGUCAUGUGGUCUCAAGUGCGUGGGUGGAGUACGGGUGGUUUGUGUUCCAUAUUUUACUAAGCGGCACGAGAGAGCGCGCGAGCGUGCCGUAGCUAUUAUAGAGAAUAACAUUGGGUUGUACCACUUUAAGAUAGCCGAAUAUGAUCUGGCUGCACGCCGCAUGGGUCGAGCCCUGGAGUUGGAAGAAUCACUGAAUGUGGAGACGAUUGGGGUAACGUACUUUAACUUGGCACAGAUACAGUAUGAGCUUGGUCUUGUCGACGAGGCGUUAUCCCUAAUUUCAAUAGCAGAGGAAAUCAUUGAGAAACGAGUGUGUCAACAUGACAUGCAGCGUUCGCGGCUCAAUCGAUUAUCGCAGUUCAGCUCAGUGGAGCCUGGUGGCGCCAAUGCAGCGGCGGGGGAUAGAACAAUUAACACGUACAUCAAAUGGCGAGAAGAGGUUUGUCUUCUCGCCCGCGUGUUGGAUAUCCACGGUGCCUGGCUUAGUGGCAAAAACGCAUUCAAGGCAGCUGUUAACCGCUUUCAGCAGUGUGAACGCUGGCUGUCAUCAGUGGUGAAACUUAGCAAAGGGGAGAACGUAUGGUUAAGCGAAGUGCGUCAGCGCAUACAGCAGUGUAAACGACUUCACAAGCGUAGCGGUUACGAUCCGAGGGUACAAGCAGCAAUGGGGUCGAAGAAACACCCUUCAUCUGUGCCCCCCCAAAGUGUCAUCGUCACAACAACCCUGCCACGCAGAGUCGAGGUCGCAAUGGCUGGAAACCCCGAGCCGUUGAUAGAAGAGGAACAACAUCAAAGACCGAAGAGGGGAUUGGGGCCGUCUGGGCCUAGCGGCUGGGGGCCGGCCGGUUCGACACCCAUAGAUCCUCGUCGAGGAGGUAACAGCUUGUCAAGGAUACCAAAUAACUGGCAAAGCUACAGUUCACCGCUAGCGCCCGCUGCUCAACCUCAGUGGAACAACUCCACUUACGUAUUUCAUCCUAAAGAGGAGGACGGCACACCAACUGCAACCCCGUUCAUAGUACGUGACUUCUCAGCUUACACAGACCCCGCUGCGAAGGGCAACCGGGGAGCGCGUUCUCGGCAGUCGGCGGGAAGCACACCAAUGAAUGGACGGGAUAUGCCAAGAAAGUUGUUUUCGUCUCACCGAGCUGGAUUGGCAGAACCAUGGAACAGGAGAACGUCACGUGUAGGCAAUGGUCAAGGGGCGGUGGGACAACGGCUAUCAAAUGGAGUUGCUCAGGGAGCAAAAUCCCUUUAUGGGGUGUGUUCAGAGCCCAGGCGACCCUUUGGGUGUGGAGAAUUCGUGCCGUCGGUCACGUGGUGCGUCCGAAUUCUGCAAGCUUUUAGUCGAGCAAAGGUGUCGGAGUUCGUUAGGUACUGGAAAGGAUGUCCCUGUAAACCGAAUUUUUCUCACUUGCUGGGUUGUACCGGGCCUCCGGUAGUGUCAUGCGGAGGGAAUUUACCAAUAGAUUGUCCUCAUAGAUGUGUUCCUGGAGUUGGAGAGACCGCAUUUGCGACGGGCGGGUUGAAAAUAAGGGAUGAAUCAAAGAACGGUAAUGGCACACUGCAGCGCCAUCCAUAUGAUGUUCUGUUGGCGUUUGUUUCGGCUCGUCGUUCAACCCGUUACGUGCACGAGACGCUGCUCCAUCAAAAAUACGAGAGCAUUUCGAGGGAAGUGAAACCGCAGCACUCUGACCCCUUUUCCUGUUGCCGAUGUGUCUGUUAUAAGCCAUCGUCAGGUGACCCUCAGGGCUACCCCGAACAUCGGUACCCUGGAGGGUCAAACUGUUUCUCUGUUUUUGGUAGUGGAAGGCGUUGUUCAGGAACCGUAGCCCAGCCUUGUUGUGCUGCAUGCCCCUGUGCGGCUAACGUCAUCGGGGUAUCGGAAAGGAUGUGGAUGCAGCACCCCAACCUUCACUCCCAGUGUGGAAACUGUGCUCAUUACAAUUCCCCUUCGGUGAGUGCUAAUAAGGGGGUCAACCAUCCGGUGAUGACUGUUACGUAUGUUUCCGGGCCAGAACGUCACACCAGCUUCAACGGUGAGGGAAACGAUAAUUUGGCGGAUAGGACUGGAGGCGAGGGCGGUUUAUGUUGUCCUUCGUUGUCAUCGAAACCCGUGGGGACUUGUGUGAAUUCUGCAGUUGAAAACACGGAGCUCCCCACACCUCCUGAAGAUGAACUACUCGCGCCGUCGCCGAAAUGGUCUCGAGGUGCUCUGGCUUCUUUAACUCGCAGCAUGCGGGCAGAGGGUGACUCUAGAUCCUCUUCAUCGUUUCGUGCCAUGAAGCUUCUGACAGCAUUUGACUGCAAGUCGCGAAAGUUUCCCACACACGCGACGGCCUCGCUGAUGCGGCACCGCGCAUUGCGCGAAGAAGCAGCUCUAAUUGUCCAGGCGGCGUGGAGGGAGUGGAAGGAACGACGGCGGGAGGAGGCAGUUCGUAAGCUUGCUAACAGGAAAAUAGAUGGAUAG